AUGAUAGAACCCUCUGAAGACUCAUUUGAGACGAUGAUGGAGCUUAAGAAUCCAUCAUCAAAACAAAUGGAGUCCUCCGAGGGCUCAUCCAACACCGUUGAAGAGACACCAGGCAGCAGCGGGGUUGAUGCCCAGGUGGGCUCAGACAGUGGCCCAGCCCAGGAAGAAAAGGAGCCACCCAGUGGUCCCCUCAAGGAAAUGCAAGAGCUGCCCACUGAUCUACUCCAGGAAGUGGAGGAGCCAUCCAAUGGCCCCAACCAGGAAAUGCAAGAGCUGCCCACUGAUCUACUCCAGGAAGUGGAGGAGCCAUCCAAGUCAAGUGAUAUUUCAAACCAGGAAGGGUCAGAUCCACUCAGUGAGGCAUCCGAUUAUAGCAUGGAUGAAACAAUCAACUCAUUUGGGACCCAGUCAGAUCAAGAUGAUACUGACCUGGGAGAUGAUGAGGAAGAGGAAGAGGAAGAUGGUGAAGAGGAAGGUCAGCCCAUGAACUCUCCAGAAGAAGUCGUGGCCAGGAUGGGGAACGUCAUCUCCAUGUUCCUCCGGAUGCAAGACCUAAAAGAACAACAGAGGGUGGCAGAAAGGCUCAUGAUGCAAGCCAUCAAUGAAGGUCGCCUGCCCUCCCUCAGGCCCUUCUCUGGAGAUCGCAGAGACUACCACGAGUUCGUAGUGCUCUGCCAGAUGACAAUGCAAAACUACCCAAGUAUGUUAUACAAUGAUGAGCUGCGGGUGAAAUUCGUAAUCCGCCACCUGACUGACCUAGCCUUGGAAUGGGCCAACGACCUGGUAGAGCAGAACAGCCCCGUGAUAAACAACUUCUCAGCCUUCCUGGAGGCCAUGUCAGAAAAGUUUGAGUAUCGGCAGACACUGCGUGUGGCGGAAGACGCCAUGUUCAACAUCAGGCAGGGGAAUCGCUGUGCCGCCGAUUACAUCAAUGAGUUCCAGGGUCUGAUACCCACCUUAGGCUGGCCAGAUGAAGUCCUGCAGGCCCACCUGUGCCAGGGGCUCAACGAAGAGAUCAGGCAUUAUCUGUUCCGAAUCCCUCAGCCGGAUUCCCUGGACAACCUGAUAGUGCUUGUCCUGCAACUUGAAGAAAAGCUGGCAGAGCGGAGAGCAUUACUCAGGCUGCCACCUGAGUCGCGCCCAAGAAGCGUAGCCUGGAUGGAUGCACCUGCCCCAGAGAAGUGGAGGGUAAGCAGCUGGCUGCCCAAUGAGUUCCACCCAGACAUUGAUCGUGAUCAUCUCUUCUUGCUGCUCUUGGUGAGAGUGGAUCCCUACCACAGUGUCGCAGUGCGGGCCCUGGUGGACUCAGGAGCAGAAGGGAACUACAUGGAUGAGAGGUUUGCCCAGGAACACUAUGUGGAACUCUAUGAGAAGCCUUAUCCACAGAUAAUCCAAGGUGUGGAUGGCGCCCCGAUUGGCAAUGAACCCGUCUGGCUGUGCACCGAGCCCCUGGUGUGUGUCCACCAGAAGCACUAUGAGUACAUUGAAUUUGACAUCUUACCUUCGCCCAACUUCUCCAUCGUCUUAGGCAUGAAGUGGCUCCGAACCCAUGCCCCUGAAGUUGACUGGGUCAGAGGCCGGUGUACCUUCCACUCUCCCUACUGUCUGAGGAAUUGCUUCACCCCACCUCCACCAUGCAUCGCACUAGAGAAAUACAGUAUAAGCCUACUGCCCGGAUUGCCACACACAUACUCAGACCUGGCCGACGUGUUCAACCCGAGGGAGGCAGAUGAUGAGACUUCCGACCAGCCAAGCUCAGACGGAUCCGAUGAUCUUUCUGAAUCAGAGCCCUCUGAGCUUCAGCAGGCUGGAGACAGUGAUCAAAGCGGCGUCUUUUACGAGUCUGGGGACCGAGAGACUUUGGAACCUGUGAGCGCCAGGAUGCAAGAAAAAGCCAGGCAGCAAGAGAAAGCCAGGGAGCAAGAGGAAUACUGGAUACUGUAUGACAUGCUGACUGACAGACAAGACUACACGCAGAUGGUACCAGAGCUGUUCGACCAGUUACAUGGAGCGGCAUGGUUCACAAAACUGGAGCUGCUUGGGAUUAAGGAAGGUGAGAUGAGGCACACUGUCACACACACAGAAGACACUUGGAGAGCAUCGUUCGGUUUCGGCAUUCACCAGAUGAGAUGCUACCGGCCCUUCACAAUGAACUCAUACUCUGACGAAGGGAACAACAUUGUUCACUUCAUCCUAAAAGACAUCCUAGGCUUGUUUGUGAUUUGCCAUGGCAGAGAGGUCCUGGUCUACUCAAUGAGCCAGGAGGAACACUCUCAGCAUGUCCGCCAAGUCCUGGUCCGCUUUCGGUAUCACAACAUCUACUGUUCACUGGACAAAACUCAGUUCCAUCGCCAGAGCGCAGAAAUCUUGGGCUUCAACAUAUGCCCCAAAGGGGUGAAACUGAACAAGAACCUCAUGAAGCUCAUCGUGGGGUGCCCUGUCCCUGGCAGCAGGAGGUGUCUUCAGAGUGUGAUUGACCUCGUCUAUCCCUAUCGCCACUUCGUGGAGAACUUCGCUGUCAUCGCAGCACCCCUAGUGAGACAACUGCUGAGCUCAGAGCCCUACUACUGGGGAGAAGAGGAGCAGCAGGCCUUGGAAUCCCUGAAGAGGGCUUUCCGCAAGUCACCCGUUCUCCACCACCCUAAACCUCAGAACCCAUUCUACUUGGAAACAGACGUCACUGGGUCAUUCCUGUCUGCCUCCCUGGUCCAAACCGACUACGAAACUGGCAAGAAAUCAACCUGUGCUUUCUAUUCCAGAGCCCUGUCUACGAUGGAGGUGGAGUACCCUCGAGUAGAGAUGAGGAUCCUUCCAAUCCGGGCUGCCUUCAUGGUGUGGUGCCGCUACCUGGAGAACACCGAGGAGCCCAUCAUGAUCCUUCUCAACACAGAGGAUCUAGCCUCUCUGAAUAAUGACAGGCUCACCGUACUUCUCCCCGGGCAUUGGGUCUUCUUCUUCUCACACUUCAAUUUUGGUGUUAUGGAGAUGCCAGAUGAAGGUGACACACAAGCACUCUUCCGCAGAUGUUGGAACCAGAGAGGCUUCAGAGCAAGGUUUCUGCGCCCACUGCUGCUUAUGUCCAUUAGGGAGGAGGAGGAGGAGGAGCCCAGCAUGGUGAGGGAGUUACUGGCUGCCAUCCCGAUGGACCAUAUCCUCAAUGGCUUCCUGGCUCACUUCAGUGUGGCCCAGAUCCGGGCCAUUGUCCUAAACUUCUUCCGUGGCCUGCUCUACUGGAAGAGUAUCCUGGGUGUGGCAGCUGUCCUGGUGAUGUUGAGAGCAAGGCAGCCCCUCUCCCCACUGCCUGCCCCUACUUUGGAAGUGGCCAGGCCUCAGCACCGGCACACACUCCGACUCAUCCUGGACUCGACCCUCAUUGCGAGUAGUGGCAUGGCCACAGCCAUCGCUCAGUUGCUCAGCCAGAUGCCCCCUCUAGUGGGUGCCAACACCCUCCCAGCUCGAGAGCUGGCUGAGCUUUUCCUGGGCCCGAGGUGCUGGCAUCGGAAUGCUCUGCAUUCCCAGCCUCCACGGGGGAUGCGAUUCACCCCUGGGUUCUGGUUGACCCUGUGUGAGUUCUUCGGGAUCAGAGUCAACCCUGAGGAUGACGUCUUUCCUGACCCAUACCAGCACCGGUACUUGGAACUGCACGUCGUUGGGGAUGAAGAUGUCGUCUUGCGAGAAGCCCUGCAAGACGACCUGCAACGUUACCGUCAGUGUGGCCUGCAUGACGGCCUGCAAGACACCUCGCAGGACGCGCAGGACAACGACGUGCAAGAGGACCUGCUUGGCGACCAAGAAGCGGUCACCUUCCGACCACGAAAUCUGUUGGACCCAGAGGUCCUAGAUUUCCUCAACAACCGGCUACUCUACACCCUGGGCACCGACGGCCGUCUCACGCUGCUUAGCAGAGAUCAGGUGGCCCAGGCCCUCACACGAUUCCUGGCCAUGGCCUCCAGAAUGGCGCUGCCUUCCCGAGCCAGGGAACUAGCAAGGCUAGAAGAGCUAUCAGACUCAGAUGAUGAACUUGACUGA